AUGCAGUUUCGCCUCUUCUCCUUUGCCUUGAUCAUCCUGAACUGUAUGGAUUACGGCCACUGCCAAGCCGGCCGCUGGAGACGCAGCAAGAGAGCUAGUUAUGGACCAAAUCCAAUUUGCAAAGGCUGUUUAUCUUGUUCAAAGGAUAAUGGGUGCAUCAGAUGCCAACACAAGUUAUUCUUCUUCCUACGAAGAGAAGGAAUGAGACAAUAUGGUGAAUGCUUGCAUUCCUGCCCAUCAGGGUACUACGGACUCCGAACGCCAGAUAUGAACAGAUGUUCAAGAUGCAGAAUAGAAAACUGUGACUCCUGCUUUAGCAGAGACUUCUGUACCAAAUGCAAAACUGGCUUCUACUCGCACAGAGGCCGCUGCUUCCGAGGAUGCCCCCCUGGAUUUGCAGCCUUGGAAGAGCUUAUGGAAUGUGUGGAAGGCUGUGAAGUCGGUCAGUGGAGCGAGUGGGGAACUUGCAGCAGAAAUAACAAAACAUGUGGAUUUAAGUGGGGCCUGGAAACGAGAACAAGACAAAUUGUGAAGAAGCCAGCAAAAGACACGAUACCAUGCCCAACCAUUGCAGAAUCCAGACGGUGUAAAAUGGCCAUGAGGCAUUGUCCAGGAGGUAAGCGGGAAAUCCUGUCUCUGUUCUGCCAGACAAGGCUGAAAGGCAGCAGUACUACAGCCGUCCUAAUUUGUGCAGCAAGACUCCAGGGAGAGGCUCAGUAUGGGAGCAAUCAGUCUCUCAGUAGACUGUGA